AUGAUGGACAAACUCACGAGCUGGGCCGUGUUCCUGGCACUUGUGGGUGCCGGAUGGUGGUAUUACAGCCAACCCAACCAUCGAGGAGGUCGCCAGCGAGGCCGUUCCCUCCUUAGGGCCAACAACACUACGACUGGGGGCGGUGACACCAAAUGGGCAGAGGCGGAGACCGCAUCCAAGUCCGCCGCCAAGCAGGCCAAGGCGAAAGCGCCUCGCAAACCUGUCAAGAAGGCCGUCCAGAGCGCUACCGAAAAGGCCGAAACCUACCUCUCCGGCGCCUCCACUACCGGUGCGGAGGCGGAUGAUGAUCAGUCUCCUGUCACGUCCCCGACUGGCGGCGCUAAGGCUCCCAGCGGGAAGGACGUCUCCGAUAUGUUGGCGCCGGGUCCAGCCGCUCCGGCGGUGCUGAAGAUCAACCCCUCCGAGAAGCCAGCCAAACCAAGCAAGCCGCAACAGCAGCGAACGGAGACGCCGCACGAGACCAAGAAGCAGCGCCAGAACCGGAGGAAGAAUGAGGAGGCCAAGCUGCAGCGCGAGGCUGACGAGAAGAAGCGCCAGGUGCUCCUUGAGAACCAACGUCGUACCGCUCGCGAAGCGCGCGGUGAGCCGGCUAAGAACGGUGUCCUGUCUUCCAAAACCCCCGCUACGAAUGCGUGGGCGUCUGGACGUCCUGCUUCGACUGUUACGGCACCAUUGCUCGACACGUUCGAGCCCGAGGCCAACUCGACAUCGGCAUCCAGCGAAGCUGGCGCGAACGGCCAGGACUGGGCCAACGGGCUGUCCGAGGAGGCUCAGUUGAAGAUGGCUUUGGAGGAUUCGGCCUGGGAGACUGUACCCAAGGGCAAGAAACAGAGGAAGCCCAAGGCUGCAGAGGACUCGACUUCCGAGAAGGGGACUGUCAGUCCUCCCGUCGAGGCUGUGCCUGUCAAGCGGGCUCCCGCUCCCAAGGUUGAGAACAAGGUCCCGCAGUCCCGAUACGAUCUUCUGGGAGCCCCUGAUGUCGCUCAUCCUUUGGACUCCGACUGGGGUGUGGUGUAA